AUUUGAUGAGGUCUGACGUUAGCCAGGCUAGUGUUUGCUGAUAAUACGCUUUCGAUUUCGUUUCAUAGCCAGUCCCUUUUACUGUCUAUGGUCCCACCGAAGACAGCGUCGCGGAAUACCUGUUGUCUGUUUCCACAGACAGAAAGUGCUAAAGACCGAUUUUUGGGCCUGCUGAAAUGGCUGAAGCAGGACUAAGCGAUCAGGAUCCAUAUCAGUGUCCGGUGUGCCUGGAUCGAUUGAAAGAACCAGUCACUAUAGCUUGUGGACAUAGUUAUUGUAAGAGCUGCAUUAAUAGUUGCUGGAAUCAGGAGGACCAGAAAGGUGUGUAUAGCUGUCCACAGUGCAGAGAGACGUUCAGCCCAAGACCUGUUCUGAAGAAAAACACAGUGUUGGCUGAGCUGGUGGACAAACUGAAGAUUGCGGAGACACAGGAAGCUUCCUCUGGGCCCUGCCUUGCUAGACCAGGAGACGUUGAGUGUGACUUCUGCACAGAGAGAAAGCUCAAGGCGGUCAAAUCUUGCCUGCUGUGUCUGGCGUCUUUCUGUGAAACCCAUGUCCAGCCUCACUAUAAAUCUGUUGCCUUUAAGAAGCAUAAGCUGGUCAAGGCGUCUGCACACCUUCAAGAGAAGAUCUGCUCUCAGCACGACCGACUUCUUGAAGUGUUCUGCCGCACUGAUCAGAAAUGUAUCUGCAUGUUGUGCACCAUGGAUAAACAUAGAAGCCAUGACACAGUCUCAGCAGCAGCAGAAAGGAAUGAGAAACAGAUGUCACUGCAGGAGGCGAGGAAGAAAUCCCAGCAGCAAAUCCAGAAGACAGAGAAGGAACUGCAGGAGCUGAAAAAGGCUGUGGUGUCUCAUAAGAACUGCGCUAAGGAGGCUGUGAAACGCACUGAGAUGAUCUUCAGGGAGCUGCUCCAGUCCAUUGAAAGGUACCGUUCUGAGGUGAUUCAGCUGAUCAGAGAUCAGGAGAAGGCAGCGGUGAGCCAGGCUGAUAAAGUCAUAAAGGACCUGGAGCAGGAAAUUGCUGAGAUAAGAAGAGAACAGGCAGAGCUGGAUCAGCUCUCACAUGAGGAGGAUCAUGUCCAAUUUCUCCAGAGUUACCAGACCCUCCGCCCGGCUGCUGUAUGUAAACAUUUACCCAGUGUCACUUUCAGUCCAAAUCUGUCAUUUGAAGACCCAGGGCUUGCUCUCUCUGCUCUGAAGCAGAAUGUAGAACACAUUUUGCAACUUCAAAUGGCAAAGAUGACCAGACAAGUUGGAGCUGGAAGGAGGAGGUAAAAAAUCCUGGAUUGUCCAGUAAACAUCAUAGAAUCAGAAAAUGCAUUCCAUUGAAAUUAUGAAUCGUAAAAAUGGAAAAAUUUUCUGCAGUAUUUACAGCAUUUAAAAUAGUAAUUGUUUCAGAUUUGUCGUAUGGUAUGUCCACUGUACUUUUCUUUGUCUGAUAUUUAACAGGCAAGACACAUCUGAACACACCAACCCUCAGACACUCAGACACACUCAGAGCUUGGAUGAUAAACUCAUGCUUAAUACCUCUGCCCAGAACU